AUGGAGGCUCCACGCUCGGCUGAGACCCACACAGAUGGGACCCCAGUAGAGGCUAUCCGGACGGUCUCCCUCGGGGCUCAGAACAACAAUGCAGCCGUACCCGAUGAUUACCUCGAUCUACCUGUCCGCGAGGUCACCGAUGAUGCGGAUUUACGCGAAUACAUCACUGAGACGCAGACGGGUGAAAUCAUCAGGCCGAUCAAGUCCAAUGUGACUGGUAAAUUCGAGGAUUGGAAGAUGGUGACCUUCACCAUCGACGAUCCUGAUAAUCCCAAGAACUGGUCCAAGGCUUACAAGUGGUAUUGCACGAUGGUUGUCGCAUUCACCUGCUUCGUCGUCGCCUUUUGCAGUAGUGUCAUUACAGCCGAUAUUGAGGGACCCAUGGAGUCCUUCCAUGUCAGCCGUGAAGUUAGCUUGCUUAUUGUCACGGUUUUCGUUAUUGGAUUUGGUGUUGGACCCAUGGUCUUUGCUCCGAUGUCAGAGAUCUUCGGACGUCGACCCGUCUACGCUCUGACCCUGGCACUCGCAGUUAUUUUCGUCAUUCCAUGUGCUGUUUCUAAGAACAUUGGAACUCUCAUUGUCUGCCGUUUGAUCGACGGAAUCGCUUUCAGUGCCCCCAUGACCCUUGUCGGUGGAACUUUGGCCGAUUUGUGGAGGAGCGAGGAGCGUGGUGUUCCCAUGGCUGCUUUCAGCGCUGCUCCCUUCCUUGGUCCGGCCAUCGGUCCACUUGCUGGUGGAUUUUUGGCCGACAAUGCUGGCUGGCGCUGGCUUUACUGGCUUCAGCUUAUCCUGGCCUUCGUUGCCUGGGUCAUGAUCAGUUUCACCGUUCCUGAGACAUUCGCACCAAUUAUUCUAAAGAGACGUGCAGCGAAACUCCGCAAGACCGAGGACGACCCUAAAUAUACCACCGAAACCGAGCUUGAUGCUCGUCCAUUGGCUGAGGAGUUGCGCGUCUUCAUUCUUCGCCCCUUCCAGCUUCUGUUCCUUGAACCCAUCGUCUUGUUCAUUUCUCUCUACAUGUCUGUCAUUUAUGGCUUGCUAUACAUGUUCUUCGUUGCCUACCCCAUUGUUUACCAGGGCGGCAAAGGAUGGAGCGCGUCUAAUACCGGUCUCAUGUUCAUUCCUCUGGCCAUCGGUGUGGUCAUGAGCGCAGCUUGCGCUCCUUUUGUCAACAAGCACUACCUCAAAAUGUCUGCGGCAUGCGGUGGUAAGCCUCCCGCCGAAAAACGUCUGAUUCCCAUGAUGUGUGCUUGCUGGUGUGUGCCUUCUGGUCUUUUCGUCUUCGCCUGGACCUCCUACCCCCACAUUCACUGGAUGGGACCGGCUAUGGGAGGCUUCCUUAUUGGAUUCGGUAUUAUCCUGCUGUACAACUCCGCCAACAACUACCUUGUUGACACCUACCAGCACCAAGCCGCAUCCGCUCUCGCAGCCAAGACCUUCAUCCGUUCCAUCUGGGGUGCCUCCACCGUGCUCUUCACAGAGCAAAUGUACGAGCGUCUGGGCGACGAAUGGGCCAGUUCGCUUCUUGCAUUCAUCGGCCUGGCUUGCUGCGCCAUUCCCUAUGUCUUCUACUUCAAGGGAGAGGCCAUUCGUCGUCUGUCGAGGUUCGCUUACCAUGAGGACGAGGAGAAGGCUGUCAAGGCAUAG